GAUCUAAUGGACCAAAACAACACGCGUCAGUAGCUAAAAGACGAUCAGUUUGACUUAGUACUCCUAAUAUUCAACAACACAGAUUUGCGUAGGUGAUUAGUGUGUCGUAACCAUUAUGGAGCUUUUAGUGAAGCGCGAUUUACAUGAAUUCGUUCAAACCGAAUCCGAAACAGAUCAAGACUCUGAUCGCGAAUUAGAUGAUAAUGAAAGCGUAGACAUUUUAAGUGACACCCCCGAUUUAUUGGAGCAAAGAGAAUUCAGUGGAAACAACAGGGUGAACCAUAACAAAUUUUCUAUUGAUAGUAUAUUAGGGUUAAACACAAGCGGAGAGACUCAUAAGUUAAGCGGUGGCGAAUGUGAUAAUGCCUGUGAUCUUGGACUGAUUAAUAGCAAACAUAGUUCUGAAGAAAUUAAACCUUCAUUUACGGCUACGCUGCAAGAUCCGUGUUAUCGGCCCAUCUUAGAACUACCACAAUUGCCUCGUCCCGAUCACCUAUCGCUGGAGACAAGAAUAACAGAUUCCUUUGCGGGAUCUAAACUGUCACCCGGAAUUGAAAGCGCUUCUGAUCUUCCGACAUAUCCGUUGUCAUUUCAUCCGCACUUUGGAAGUAAUCCAUCAGCUUUGCUGUACGGUGGAUGGAUUGGGGGUAGUCCGGAACAAAAGGCUGUUACACAAAUUUUUGGCUUGCAAGCGCCCAAAACGACAAACCGACGUUCAAGAAAACCCGGACUGGACAGAAAACCACGCCAAGCCUAUAGCGCGAAACAACUCGAACGUCUUGAAAGUGAAUUCAAGAUCGAUAAAUAUUUAAGCGUAAGCAAACGCAUGGAACUCUCAAAGGCACUAAACUUGACUGAAGUACAGAUAAAGACAUGGUUCCAAAAUCGAAGAACAAAAUGGAAAAAACAGUUAACAACACGACUGAAGAUGGCGCAACGACAAGGACUGUUUCCACCCCAUUACUUCGCGCCAACUUCGCAACAUUAUCCUGCAAUUUUUCCCCCGUAUUAUUCUCCUGUAGGUUGCAUUUUCGGAGUACCUUUGCUAGAUGACGCUACACCAACGGUUUCCGCGAGAAAUUCGCCGACAGUAAGGUCGUCUAAUACCGAUUAGUGGAUAAAUAAGCUUAUCGUUGUUAAAUUUCGACUAGCAAUUACCAAAGUCGCCCCAUUUGCUUAAAAUUAACGAAACCUGAAUGUGAGGGCCUAUCAUAGUAUUUCAAAAACAUAGUGCGUAAGUAGGAGCCCUAAAUAUCAAUCGUCAAGACAGCUUUCUACAAACGGGAACUUCGUGGAAUGUUAUAUUAUCCCACAUUGUGUUAAGUAAAAAUAGAAUAACUGCAGCAUCCACAAUUGAUCAUAAAACGGAGCUGAUGCCGUAUGAAAAUGCAACCCUUUCAUAGUCUCAGUCCUUCAGUUUGAUUGAACUCAUUUUCCCUUGAAGGCUCCAAAUGCGUAAAAAAUGAAUGGAUUUGCAUUUCUCAAUGACUUGACCUUACGCAACCUAUCAAAUUAUUCACCAAUGUAAUUAAUUCCCUAUUAGACUAGGCAACAGAAAAAUUCAUUGAUCAAGCCCAAAUUUUUUAAUUCAAAUUUUCGAACGGUAAAUUUAAUAUUUACUCUUUUGACUAUCAUUGUAUAUUGUCCUUUUCUAAUCGAAUUAUAGCCCUAACGCAAAAGGUUUGAUUAUUCGGCAUUAUUAUUAUUACUAUUAAACGUAGUACAUACUUAUCUUUGA